AUGGCUGAAGAAUCGCAAAAGUCCAAGGCCCCGGUUCUGCCCCAGCCCGGACAGCGCAACAUCCUUAUCACUAGCGCUCUGCCCUACGUGAACAAUGUCCCGCAUCUUGGAAAUCUUAUAGGUUCGGUGCUGUCGGCCGAUGUCUUUGCUAGAUACUGCCGAGGCCGUGGUCUCAAUACGCUCUAUAUCUGCGGUACCGACGAGUAUGGCACGACGUCCGAGGCCAAGGCCCUGCAGGAGAAGAUGACCCCGAAGCAGCUUUGCGACAAGUACUAUGAGAUCCAUGCGGGUGUGUACAAGUGGUUCAACAUUGGCUUCGAUAUCUUCGGCCGCACGACGACCGACCUCCAGACCGAGAUCACUCAUGACAUCUUCCUGAAGCUCCACAAGAAUGGUUUCCUGUCGGAGAGCAUGACGACGCAGCUCUACUGCGAGGAACACAAGUCCUUCCUGGCGGACCGGUUCAUCCAGGGUGAAUGCCCCAACUGCAAGUACCCCGAGGCCUACGGUGAUCAGUGUGACCUGUGCGGUCAGCUCCUGGAUCCCCUGGACCUGAAGAACCCCCGUUGCAAGGUCGACGGUGCCACCCCCGUUCCCAAAGACACGAAACACACCUUCCUGGAUCUGGACAAGCUCCAGCCCGAAAUCGACGCAUUCAUCAAGGAGUCUACGGUGAAGGGCGGAUGGUCGAAUAACGGCAAGGAUAUCACGGCCGCUUGGUUGAAGGAGGGCUUGAAGCCUCGAAGCAUUACCCGGGAUAUCAAAUGGGGAACCUCUGUCCCCCUGCCCGGCUAUGAGGAGAAGGUCAUCUACUCGUGGUUCGAUGCCUGCAUCGGCUACCCCUCCAUCACCGCCAACUACACCGACCAGUGGGAGAAGUGGUGGCGCAACCCCGACGACGUUCAGCUCUACCAGUUCAUUGGAAAGGACAACGUCGCCUACCACUCCGUCAUGUUCCCGGGUACUCAGAUCGGCACUCGGGAUCAGUGGACUAAGGUCCACCACCUCUCGACCACCGAAUAUCUCACCUACGAGGGUGGCAAGUUCUCCAAGUCUCGCGGUAUUGGUGUCUUCGGUGACUCCGCUGAGAAGACCGGCGUCCCCGCCGAUGUCUGGCGUUACUACCUGGUCUCGCAUCGCCCGGAGACCAGCGACAGCGAGUUCAACUGGGAUUUGUUCAUCAGCUGCAACAACAACCUGCUCCUGAAGAACCUCGGAAACUUUGUCAGCCGUGUGUUGAAGUUCGUGAACUCGAAGAACUACGACAACAUCGUGCCGGACUACACCAAGUUCUCCGACGCGUCCUUCGAUGCCGCCAAGGAGGAAAUCAACGGCCUUCUCGCCGAGUACGUGCAGAGUCUCGACGCCGUCAAGCUCCGUGCCGGUGUGGACAAGGUGUUGCAGAUCUCUCAGAAGGGUAACCUGUUCCUACAAUCCAACGGCCUUGACAACAAGUUGGCCGAGACCGAGCCCGAGAAAUGUGCCGCCGUCAUUGGCUUCGCUCUCAACCUCAUCCACCUGCUGGCCGCUCUCGUCGCCCCUUACAUGCCCGCCACCGCCGACACCAUCAACGAGAUGCUUCGCCUGGAGGCUCUCGUCAUUCCCGACCAGUGGCAGGGAGACUCCGUCAAGCCCGGCCACGAGAUCGGCAAGGCCAAGUACCUGUUCAGCAACAUCAAGGCCGAGAAGGGCAAGGAGUGGAGAGACAUGUUCGGUGACAAGGAGGCCAAGAAGGCCAAGGAGGAAGCCGCCGCCAAGAAGGCGGCCAAGAAGGCUGCCAUGAAGGAGAAGUCCAAGAAGGGAGGAGAGGCGAAGCCGGAGACCAAGGCAUAA